UCUACGUGUGGUGUGUGUGCAGUUAUUGCCCAUUGCCUUUACAUAAAGGUGGAUAUUCACCUACAGAUUUAAAAUCAACAAUGGCUCAGAUUCGACAAAACUACCACGAGGAUUGCGAGGCGGGCAUCAAUCGCCAGAUAAAUCUUGAGCUAUAUGCAAGUUAUGUUUACAUGUCGAUGGCAUUCAGUUUUGACCGCGAUAAUGUCGGCCUGAAGGGUUUCUAUAACUUUUUCAAGAAAAAUUCUGAUGAGGAACGAGAGCAUGCGGAGAAGCUGAUGAAGUAUCAAAACAUGCGAGGUGGAAGAAUUUUAUUGCAAGACAUUAAGAAACCAGAUGUUGAUGACUGGGGAACAGGUUUAGAUGCAAUGCAGGCAGCACUCCAGCUGGAGAAAAGUGUUAACCAGUCUCUAAUUGACCUUCACAAGUGUGCUGAUUCACAUGGCGAUGCACAGAUGUGCGACUUUCUGGAAGGUGAAUUUCUCAAGGAACAGGUUGAGUCCAUCAAGCAGAUCGCAGACUUUGUUACCAACCUCAAGCGUGUUGGGACUGGCGUUGGUGAAUAUCUCUUUGAUAAAGAAACUCUACAAUCACAAUCUGCCUAGAAUUGCAACUUCCAGAGACAUACAUGAAGUACUUAUUAAUUGCUUUAUUAUUGUCUGUUGAUUAGAAACAUUUUCUCUCAGGAUUAUUACUUUGUUUUUCCUACCACAAAAUCCUUAAAUCUUGAAAGUGCUUUUAAGCAAAAUGCUAAAUGUUUCAAAGCAAAAUGUUUACUUUAAAAAAAUCUCAUGUUCAUAUUUUUAUCAUUCUUUUAAAAUAUUGUCAGCCUUGUUUUUGAAGAAGCUUUACGAUUAAGGAUGUUGUUCGCAAUGCGUUAGGCGUAAACAAUGUCUGAAUAACUUCAUUUUGAAUCAUGAAAGUUUCUAGGUGCACUCAAUUUUUAUCUUCAUCAGCUUGAAGGCGCUAUCAUUAGAAAGGACUUGGCGCUCACUUUUUUUUUUUGGUAUUAUAGUGUAACCAAAUAAGGACGACUGCAUGAUCGUGGAAUUUUUUCUGGUUCACUUACAUUUUCAGGGACAAAAUUUGCUAGAGCUUUUUUGUGCAUGGGCACAAUUUUCAAGAAAGAUUACAUCAUGGUAUAUAAAAGUUGUUUAACCAAAUUGCUUUGUAUUUUACUUUCUCAGGUUAGAAUUUUACAUGAGGAGAAUAUUUUAUGAGGGCAUAUUUUAAUGUUACCAUUUGUUGAUAUUUGCAAUAAGAUUUUGUGCAGGCUGUCCAUUAAAUUUAGUGUUUAGUGUCUCA